GUAUGACUGUAUUUCGUUGAAUUUUGGGUGAUUUUCGAACCAGUUUUCUCGCGUAACUUUGUGCUGAACCUCGCGCUUCAAAGCCAUGAUGGCAAUUUCCGCCAGGCGUAAAACACAAACCCGAGAGAAGCUGGCACUAGUCAUUUUCAAGAUGGCGGACCGCCGCGAGUCUGGAAGAAUCAGGGACAUCUCAAGUAGGAAAAUUCUUGACAGUGCAACACGUAAAAGACGCCAGAAGAGACAACUAGAUGCCUUGGAAAAGGACAACUUCCAAGAUGAUCCUCAUUCUCACCUGACAGUAGUCCCUGCCAAAAUGAAGGUUCCAGCAUUUAAUGACACCAUGGAAGGUAAUUUGGUAUUAUGUGCUUUUGUGGCUGCUAUAUUAAUUAUAACUCAUCUACAUGUAGAAGUCUUAUUAAGGCCAUCCCAGCUAAUCCUUCUUAAAUUGACCAGUAGCAGUUGAUUUAGGGUCCUAUUUUCCAGUUUGGGAGGUAGAAUUGAUGAU